AUGGAAGUCCAAAUUAUCAGUAGAGAAACCAUCAAGCCUUCUUCGCCAACUCCACACCACUUAAGAACCCAUAAGCUAUGUCUUUUUGAUCAGUUAACCUCUCCUACUUACAUCCCCACGCUUCUCUUUUACUCCGCGAGAGAUGGAAGCCCUAGAAAUUGUAUUUCUGAUAACCUCAAGAAGUCCCUAUCCAAAGCCUUAACCCACUUUUACCCACUUGCUGGUAGGAUCAAGGAUGGCUUAACCAUCGACUGUAAUGAUAAUGGUGCCACUUUUGUUGAAGCUCAGGUGGCCCGGGACAUUUCAUUUGUGGUUGAAGAGCCAGAGAUUGAAGUUCUGCAACAGCUAUUACCAUGUGAUCCACUCCGACAUUUACCUCAAACUCAACCGAGUACUGAUCAGGUACUGCUUGCUGUUCAAGUCAACCAUUUCGCUUGUGGUGGCGUGGCAAUUUGUGUUUGUAUUAGUCAUGUUGUUGCAGAUGCAGCAGCAGCUGCCAACUUUCUAAGAGGCUGGGCUGAAGUGGCUUGUGGUGCUAACAUAAUUGAGGGUGUGAUUUAUGAUUGUAGCUCCCUCUUCCCUCCACGAGAUAUAUCACUCUUUUACAGGGUCAUGGGGAUUCUAAACGACAAGAAUAAUGUGGGAUCACCUGCAGACAAAGUUAUUACAAAGAGGUUCUUCUUUGAUGGCUCUAAGAUUGCUGCUCUAAGAAAUGAAAUGGGAGAUGAACUCAACUCGUACCAUCCAACACGUAUUGAGGCUGUGACUGCACUUAUUUGGGAAGCCCUUAUAGCUGCAACUGCUGAAAAUGUUAUAACUACUCCAACACGUGCUGCAUCUAAUACUGUGAAUCUGAGAAAGAGAAUGAACCCUCCACUCCCACCUCAAUGUAUUGGGAAUGCUUGUUUCUUUGCAAUGGUAAGUACACCGAUCGAGAACAUUGAAAAUCGUACAAGUCUAGCCAGUAAAAUUCGUGAAUCUAUAAAGGAGGUAGAUGAUGACUAUAUAAGAAGGAUAUUCACCGGUGAUGGAUGCUUUCAUAAUCUUAUGGAGAAAACAUUUGAAGAAUUUGAAAAGAGUUCAAACAUAGGGUUGUUCUCUUUCAGUAGUUGGUGCAGAUUUCCAUUUUAUGAGACUAACUUUGGAUGGGGGAAGCCCAUAUGGUUUGGAACUACCAUGAGGACUAAUAGGACUGCCUAUUUCAUUGAUACAAGUGAUGGUGAAGGAAUAGAAGCAUGGAUAUCAUUGACCAAGGGAGAAAUGGCCAAACUUGAUCAAGAACCUGGCAUCCUUGCUUAUGCUACUUUCAAGCUAAGCAUAUGA